AAUAUCACUAGCUGUGCAGCUUCCUAGAACUUCACUGGCUCUAAAUUAAGCUUAGCGGCUGAGAGAGAGACUGCAUUUUUAUUGCUGCCUUUGUCCCCCCCAUCAAACUUAUACAGAAACAUGGAUGCAAAAGUCCUCUCCUCCGGAGUCAGACACUCCAACGUGCCGGAAAGCUAUGUCAGACCAGAAUCCGACCGCCCUGGCUUGUCCGAAGUGUCUGAAUGCCAAAACAUUCCAGUCAUUGACCUGGCUUCUCCAAACAGAGCCCAAACUGUGCAGCAAAUUGGCGAUGCUUGCAAAAAUUAUGGCUUUUUUCAGGUUAUUAAUCAUGGGGUGUCAACGGAAGGAGUGGAAAAAAUGGUAGGGGUGGCCAAUGAGUUUUUUAGCCUUCCUGUGGAGGAAAAGUUGAAGUUGUACUCAGAUGAUCCCUCAAAAACCAUGAGACUUUCAACAAGUUUUAAUCUGAACAAGGAGAAGGUUCAUAACUGGAGAGAUUAUCUUCGACUCCAUUGCUAUCCUUUGGACAAGUACGUUCCUGAGUGGCCCUCCAAUCCUUCUUCCUUCAAGGACACUGUGAGUAGUUACUGCACAGAGGUUCGAGAACUUGGAUACAGGUUAGAGGAAUUAAUAUCAGAGAGUUUAGGGCUGGAGAAAGAUUACAUAAAGAGCGCACUGGGCGAGCAAGGACAGCACAUGGCGGUGAACUUUUACCCGCCGUGUCCCCAACCCGAGCUGACUUAUGGACUGCCGAGCCACACCGACCCAAAUGCCCUAACAAUUUUGCUCCAAGACCUUGGAGUUGCUGGCCUUCAAGUUCUCAAAGAUGGCAAAUGGGUUGCUGUCAAUCCCCAGCCUAAUGCCUUUGUCAUUAACAUUGGUGACCAAUUACAGGCCCUAAGUAAUGGUAUUUACAAGAGUGUGUGGCAUCGAGCCGUUACCAAUACUGAGAGAGCAAGGCUCUCAAUAGCUUCAUUUCUCUGCCCACAAGACGAUGCUCUAAUAAGCCCAGCAAAAGCUCUCACAGAGGAUGGAUCUGCAACCAUAUAUAGGGGCUACACUUAUACUGAGUAUUAUAAAAAGUUUUGGGCUCGGGACUUGGAGAAAGACCAUUGUUUGGACCUUUUCAAGAUCCAGCAGCAGCCCUAGCCUCAUCAAAUAUAUAUACAGAGGAAGCAUUUAAGGGGAGGGAUCUCUAUUUUUCAAAAAAAAAAAUAGGAACACCCUCUUGACUGUUAGAUUUGGCUUUAAUGAAAUUCUGUGGUUGAGAUUCUAUGGCAUGUGAUUUAAAUGACUCUACAAUUGUACGUGGAACAUGCAUGUGUUAGAGAAUCUAUAACAAUGGGGUCAAUUUUGUGCGUGUAA